ACACAAUGUAUUUUGUUUUCAACACAUCCCGAUUUUUCCUUAACUCUUGGAAACUUUUUCUUAGUUUCGGAGUGUAAUUAGUACUUUUGCAAACUCGUAAAAAGAUGCAUUAUGGCAAAAAUGUUUAAUCGUUAAAUUUAGACAGUAAAGGGAAACGUUCUUGCUCGCCACAUUCUUUUUUACGUGAGGAACAGCAAAUAUUUUCACCUUUUUCACAGGCACAAUGUGGAGACAAAGCAGCCAGUUAGCUAGCGGCUUUGCUCCGUGCUAGUAAUACUUACUAAUGCUCUAAUGUUUCGGGUACACCUAACCGUGGAGAGGCAAACGGUAUGGUUAUUUAUCUUAAAUAUCACAGUUUCGUGUUUGUUUUCAUCCUUCUUCUGCAUGUGUUGCUGUCCUGAUGUGACAGUUCAGGACAGGGCUGGACAUCCUCAGUUUAACAGUACCUCAUCGUGCCCACCCAGAACUAGACAAAAUGGGAGUCUUUGCACUGACCAAGGAGAAAAGUCAGCAGGCCUGAUGUUACUCCAGAUAGAGGGUACAAUGGAACCCAGUGAGCCCAUGUUGUGUUUUGGAUGGAGCCCAGCCUCCUCUUCAGCUCCUGCAGGUCCGUGGAGCCACUCGUUUUAUUCUUCAUUCAGCUACCUGUCAAACAUGCUGCGCCCCAGGAAGAGCAGGAGCACGCUCAUCAGACAAAGCCCCCCGCACCCUCCCCCUCAGGUUCAGAAUGUGGCUCCUCCAAUUUCCUUUGGGGUAAAAUUUCAUAAGUGUGCCCAGGUGCAGCUCGACACUGAUCCCCCUCAGUUGACAUUCUUCCUGCUGAUCCACAAUAUGGGGCCCUUGGGGGGCACCAACCUAUCUCAGGUGGCGAUCCGAGACUCCAUUUCUGGGAUACGGCCUUUAAAAACUGAAGGCAGAGUCGUGGAACGAGGCUACCAAACAUUUGCAGUUGAUUCACUUUCGGCUGGAUUCCAAGUUGUUGUUAAUUAUACUGCUCAAUUAAAGAGCCUCAGGAAUGAAGUCCUGGAUCUUCCUGCUUUUCUGACCUUCUCCAAUGCCUCACACAAUGAUGUUAGUAUGUUUGGACCUUUAACAGCAAAUCUAAGGCUGAGGGUGAAUUCUACUGAUCGAAUUGAGCUGAACCACAGAAUCCAUUUUGCUGGAUUUGUUGCUGGUUUCUUCACCACAUUGGUGCUGCUGUUGCUGGGAUUUCUGGCCAUGAACUUCACAAAUCCCAGAGCAAGACUCCGCCUUUUUCAGCAGAGGAGAAACAGAUGUGAGUCYGACCCUGAGGAUGCAGAGUGCAACAUGAAUGAGACUGUCAAAGAUAAAGCUGCGUUUGAAGACAAGAUAGUGGACGUCAUGUUGCUGGAGGAUCCUCAGAACAUGUAUCAGGCUUUGGAAAACCUUGAAAUGUCUUCACUGCUGAAUGCCACCAGUAGCCUAGAGGCCACCCGGAUUCAGAUUUACAAAGACAUGAUGUCCUGCUUGCUUGGGGGCCUGCGAUCACGUGGACAAGCCAGUUCUCAGGCCCAGCAGAGGCUGCUCAGGGUCCUCCACGGACAGCUGCUGGGCAUGGAGGGGCGUCUAAAGGAGGAACGAGGGGCAUGGAUGGGAGCCCUGGCAGGUCAGUGUAACCUGGAGACUCGGGAAGAAAUGGAGGCGGAGCAUUGUCGAGAAGCUGCUGAAAAGGCUCAGGCCGAUCUGCUCUGUCAACAUGCAGACCAGCAGGAGCUCCUUCAAUGUGCCGUCCUCCUGGAGAAGCUGCACAAGCUGAGUCAGGGUCAGCUCCAGCGCCUCCURUUGGUUCGACACGAAGAAGCUUCAGCGAACGUCCAGAGGCAAAUCAUCGAGUGGAGGCGGGUGGAGCUGCACAAGAUCUUCACUGAAGAGCUGGAGGAGGCCACAAAAAUGGGCGAGUUAGAGGCAGACACGGCAAGCAGUCUUCAACARGAGUACUUUUCUUUUCAGGAUCAGCUAGAGGAGGUGCUGGAUGUCGUCGUUGCAAAUCAGCGCUACGUGUUAGCUGAACACAGCGCUCAGAGGAAGUUCCUGGUUCACAGCCUCCACAGCCUCAACGGCCUGAUGUCUGACACCUUCUCCAACACGUCCAGCAGCUUGGACAGCUGGUUCGACCAUAUAAGGAGAGGGAGCCUCGUACCUGCAGAGCAGCUUGAUCAGCUGCAAGAAAAGGCCCAGAAAGAGCUUGUGGUGGUGAGACAAAGACUGGACGAGACGCUGAACCAGGAGAAAAGAGCGAUGCGCUGCGGACUGAUUAAGAAGAGGAUGGAGCUCAUCUCUGACAUGGUGAAGGUCCACAAACAAAGGCAGAGGGAUUUGUCAAGCAUGGCCAAGAGCUUGGAGGAAAAAGUUGAGAUAUCUCAGCAURUGCGCUGUUGGCAGAACUUAUUGACGACUCACAGUUUGGAGCUUGCAGAGCUGAUUAACAACCUGGACGAGGAGGCUGCUGCAGACAUCCGCAAGGUGACGAUGCGAGUGAUCCAGGGUGCCAUAGCUGACGUGAAAGCCAUCCAACUAUCUGCUGCUCAGGCUGUUCUGGCGCUCUCGCCUCCAGGGGAAAAACACUCAAUGCUGCAGGUGGAAUCAGAGGCAGGCCCCGGAAAGACCACAGGAGUAGGGCAGAGUGCUCUCCUACAGGGACAGGAAAGGCUUCACCAGGAAGGCAAGGCAGCCUUACACACCCUCAGCUCCACCAGGGAGGCUCUGCAGGAAGCCAUGGAGAAGGAGCUGCAGGAGCAGAAGGAGCUCAGGACGCACUGGAGGGAUUUCUUCAGGUGUUUGUGUUCGUCCCAGCUGACUCUGUCUGAAGACGACAGGCUGAGGAUGAAGCUGGAGUUUCAGAAGUGUCUGUCUGUCAUCGACCGCUGUCUCGUUCUGCCUCACGCCAUCUCCAGAACCAAGCUCUGUCUCGCCUUGGCAGCAUGGAGGAAGGAACGUGAAGAUCAGAUGGCCAAUAUGCAAUCCAAGGGGAAAACCGCCGAGGCCAGAAAGAAAACAGACCCAUCUGAUGUGGUGUUUUUCCAGAACAGGCUUCAGGACAAGAUUCAACUGUUUGAGAAGGAGAAGGAGAUGGAGAGCGGUGUUAUGGAUAAGGUGAAGGAGGAGAUGCAGAGGGAGAGAGAAGAUUAUCUGCAUUCUCAAGCAGACAGCCUGGCCAUGCAGAUGGCUACCAUCAGCUACCAGAAAGCUGAGAGAUGGAUCAAAGUUUUGGAGACUUGCAGAGCCGUGGUCACCCUGCAAAGCCUGUUAAUUCAACAACUUGGGGACACAAAAAGCCCGGAAAUCCAAAAAAUGUCUCASAUUAUACACAGGCACUUCACGAGCCUAGAAGAAGCAGAGCAGCAGCUUCAAGUAGAGAUGAGCGAGUUGGACGGCCAGACGUCUCAGCUUGGAGCCGCAUCAACCAGAACCCACCAGGACUGCUCUGAAGGAGAGGAGAAGAGCGAGGGAGAGGACGUGUUUCGGCUGCAGGUUGAUCGCAGGAUGGCAGCCAUCUUACACGAGGCACUUCACAAGCGUGAGCAGGUCGUCACACUCACGUUAGAAAGAUUUCAAGAAAUGACUGCCAACAAUCAAGCCCAGGAUCAUUUAAAGGAUGAAAUGGAGCUGAAGAGACUUUAUUCAAACUGUGACCAGGGUCUGGGGUUUGUGUCUCAGCUGGUGAAGCAAAGUCGUGUCUCUGAUAAUGUCGUUAUGGAGACACUGCGUCUCCUGCUUCCAACUCUGGCUGAAUGUGAACUUCUGUCCAUCACUGAAGCCCUCUGCUGCGAGCAGCUUCCUGUUUCAGCCUCUGCAGAGCAAGAGCACUCAGAAUGUGCUGAGGAACUGAACAGACGUCUCCCUGUCCAACUGAGGGAGAACGUGGUGCAGAAAAAUAGUCUAAAUAUGCCAAGCUGUGUCGUGGAAAAAGAGAGACAUCAUGAAAAGUGGCAGAGCCUGGUGGAAAAACUGCUCCCCAGAUCCCGUCCACCACGUCCAAGAGAUGUUCCACCGGUGAAAGGAAAGGGGAAGCGGGACAGUUCUACAAAAGCACGACUUGUUUUGAAAUCAGCCGAGCUUGUUAAGCAGCUGCAGGGUGACCCGGUGGACCCGGCGGGGGAAGCGGAGCGCCGCCUGGCAGAGGAAACCUUGAGCUCAGCCUCGGCCUGCAGUGGGCCGGGCAGCGCCGCCGGAGAUCGCCUGUUUGUGUUUCGGGAUCCACCUGAGUCACGUGACUCUGUGAGUGUCCCGACAAGGAAACGGAGGAUGAAUUUCCUCAACCUGAAGAAGGGCUCAGUAGCUCCAGCAACAUAAACUUUACAUGCAAUUACAUUUUUUCAAAGAUUAUUAUUCUAUUUUAAUAUACCAAGAUGAUAUAUUAUUUAACUUUGUAGCAGAACCAGCACAUUUUAUGAAUAUUAAUAUACAGUAUCUGUAGCAUUUGGUUUUGUUUCAAGUAAAGGCAGCUGACUUGUUAUCACGUA